AUGGCCAAGCUCGAGCCCUACAUCGGAGACUACUACCUCUGGAAGUACCUCCCCUCUGUUCCAGCAGCCGUCGUCUUCUUAGUUCUCUUCCUCGUCGCGACCGUUGCCAUCUCGUGGCGUAUCUGGAGAAACCGAACAUGGUUCUGCACCGUCUUCGCCGUCGGAGGCCUUUUCCAGGUUAUUGGCUACACUGCUCGAAUCGUAUCGCACAACAACACGGCCAAGCUCAUGCCCUACGCCAUCCAGAACUCCUUCAUCCUCCUCUCCCCCGUCCUCUUUGCGGCUUCGAUAUACAUGACGCUGUCCCGGGUGAUUCGUAGUGUCGGCGGGGAGAAGCAUUCCCUCUUCAGGCCGCUUUGGAUGACGAGGAUAUUCGUCACCGGCGACAUACUCGCCAUGUCCAUCCAGAGUGGCGCCGCGGGCAUAAUGGUUAUAAGUGAUCUAGCAAAGGUCGGUCAGGGUAUUGUCAUCGGCGGGCUAGGCUUCCACAUCGUCGUCUUUGGUGCCUUCUUCACCACGGCCGUCCUCUUCCACAACAGGAUGCGCCGGGACCCGGUCGUUGAGCGGAUCCCUGCUGAGCUGAAGUGGGAGCAACUCCUGUACAUGCUCUACGCCUCGAGCGCCUUGAUCAUGGUGCGGUCUAUCUUUCGUAUGAUCGAGUUCAUCAUGGGUCACGACGGAUACCUGCUGAGCACUGAGUGGCCGCUAUAUGUGUUUGACUCGGCGCUUAUGUUUGUCGUCAUGGUUAUCUUCUGGUACUGGUUCCCGUCGGUCGUCCAGCAGCCCAACGCCGACCACGACUGGCAGAGGACGACUGGCGAGUCGACUAUCACCUUAGAUGAUGUGGAGCGAAAGUAG